AGAUAGACCUUUGAACAUGAUAAGGUUGCUCUGAAGAAAAUGGUGAAAAAACGAAGAAAACUUUUUUGAAAAUUUGCAAAAAUGUUGAUUUCACGCGACGUGAGUUCCUGGCUCUAUAUUCUGAUUGCUGGAAGUUUCAUCUUUACUCUUCUCUUGAUCAGCCGAGGACUCGAUAAAUAUGGAAAACCGAACCAUCUUUCCCAACCUUCAAUGCUCGUGGACUCUCAGCACCCAAGUCUUCAUGGUAGAAUUAAUCGACCUGUUCUAGCAAAUCAAACAGAUUCUAGACACAUCCAUAACAUUGAACCACUUCCUCCUAAAACUUUUUCCCCAAAAUCUGAAAAUCUCCAGUUAUUCAGCUUGGAUGAGGCGAGUUGGAUGAGAGAAUCUAUUGAAAGCGAGAAAACAAGAAUUAAACAGGUUUUGGCGGAUUUCGAAUUUGAAGAUGGCCGAAGCCUGGAAGAACAUCAGCUGAUUAAUGGCGGACAGCCAGUUCGCGCCCUCGUUACAACAACAUGGCGGAGUGGUUCAACUUUCCUGGGUGAUAUAAUGUUGUCCCAUCCUGCGACCUACUACCAUUAUGAACCUCUUCUUCAUUUUGACAUUAGACAAGCCAGGUCUGGAUAUCUAGCUCAG